AUGGGCAACAUUCGUCUGUUCCUGCUCGAAGAGAAUAGCAACGAGCAACCCGGCGACGUCUUGAGCAAGAUCUUCUACAACCUACACACGAGCUUCGCGAAACCCGCACUUUCUGUCAUUAAGCCACCAUUCACUUAUACUGGUAACAUCGAAGUUUGGGGUGAGUUUCGAAUUUCUAUCAACUGUUACACCACCACAAAGACAGAGCUCGCUGCCAUUCUCCACAGCCAGUGA